AUGUUUCUAAGAAACCCUUUAUACACCAACCCAGAACCCUGUCAGCACCUAGUUGAGUACAAGCUCAAACAUGGUUUCAAUGGCUACAAAGUCAUCCAAAAACUCCUUGUGACCUCCCCAAUUAGAAAAAUCACUGUGAAGAAACCCAACACAAAAGUACCCAGAUGCAGUUUCUGUAAUGACUGUGAAGGGAGGUUCUAUUUGUGUCUGGCUUGCUCUUCAUUUUCUUGUUUGAAUCACACCCUUUUGCACCCCCAAUUAGAAACUGGCCAUACUGUUUUUGUGGACAUUGAAAGGGCUGAACUUUAUUGUGGGGUGUGCUGUGAUCAAUUGUAUGACCCUGAUUUUGACCAAGUUGUGAUGUCUAAGCACUCAAUGGAGGUGGCAAGUGGUGUCACUGGGAAUGAAAGCAUUGGGCAGAGAUUGACCAAGAGGAGGAGAUUGGUUUCUGGGAUUGGAUUAGAUUUGCAGAAAUCAAAGUGUGAAGUUUCUACCAAAGAUCUGAGAGCUAAAUCGUGUUAUCCUAUGGGGUUGAGGGGGUUGAACAAUCUGGGUAGCACGUGCUUCAUGAGUUCAGUGCUCCAAGUGUUGCUUCAGGCACCUCCUCUCAGGGACUAUUUUCUGAGUGGUGGACACCGCUUGGAAUCUUGUCAUCUUAGAAGAACCACAGAUCUGAUGUGUUUGCUUUGUGAAGUCAAUACUAUUUUUUCAGCUGUAUAUUCGGGGGAUCAGAAUCCAUAUAGUCCUGCUCAGUUUCUCUACAGCUGGUGGCAGCAUUCAGCAAAUUUAGCAAGUUAUGAGCAGCAGGAUGCUCAUGAGUUUUUCAUCUCGAUGUUAGAUGCAAUCCAUGAGAAAGAGGGCAAAGCAAGGAAUGGAAGCAAAGGUAAUGAAGACUGUCAAUGCAUUGCUCAUAGGGUGUUCUAUGGGUUAUUGAGAUCAGAUGUUACUUGUAUGGCCUGUGGAUUCACCUCAACCACCUAUGAUCCUUGUGUUGACAUUUCACUUAACUUGGACACCAGUGUCUCUUCAAAAGAAAAGGGCAAAAAGCUUACCAAACGGAAUGCGGAUGGAAGUAUGUCUACACUUUCUGGUUGUUUAGAUUUGUUCACAAGGCCAGAGAAGUUGGGGUCAGACCAGAAACUUUACUGCCAGAAUUGUCAGGAAAAGCAGGACUCUUUGAAGCAAAUGUCCAUCAGAAAGCUUCCAUUAGUACUUAGUUUACAUGUAAAACGAUUUGAGCACUCUUUUGUCAGAAAGUCUUCAAGAAAAAUAGAUCGCUACCUACACUUCCCAUUUUCCUUAGACAUGUCUCCAUAUUUGUCCUCCUCAAUCCUCAGAGCCAGAUAUGGAAAUAGAAUUUAUUCUUUUGGGGGUGAUGAAUCAGAUAUGUUUUCUGAGUUCGAAAUUUUUGCUGUGGUGACACAUUCCGGUACACUUGAAUCUGGCCAUUAUGUUUCGUUCAUGCGCAUAAGGAAUCAAUGGUACAAAUGUGAUGAUGCUUGGAUAACAGAGGUUGAUGAGGCUACAGUCAGAGCUUCACAGUGUUACAUGAUUUUCUAUGCGCAGAAAAAUCUGUACAAUAAAGCAAAUGGGUACCCGAGUCAAGCACCCAAUUCCCCUGGCAGAGAGCUAUUUUUUCCUAUUGCUGGUUGUUGCUAG